ACGCAAAUAUCACGAGCGUUUCAACAUGUGGUCAGCAAAUUUCCUUGUAAUCCCUCCUUGUACCUCUGGCUUGCUCAAAGCUAAGGCCAUUCUCAAACACAGUCCAGUCAUGGCAACUCCUGCGUUCUCUGCAUUGUUUCUCCUCCUCCUCCUCCUCCUCCUUAGCAAAGCUCAGGGCCGGUUUCUGAGACUUGACAACUCUUCUGAACUGGUCUCUGAUGGCGUUAACCAAGCUGCAGGCCUUCAAUCUCCAUUUCUCAGCUUGAAUCGGCUGUUUUUGUCUUCCCGGAAUGAGGGAUGUGAGCUCUACUAUGGCUUCCUCCCCUGUGCAGAGAACAUUGGUGGCUAUCUCUUCCAGAUAGCGGUUUACGAGUACUUGUUGGCUACUGGGGAAAAGUUCUUAACAAAGGGUAGCAAGCAGCUAUUCAACAUCAUUGGCACUGGUUUCUUUGGGGACGUUUUCGAGAUUCUGAUGGUUAUGCCUGAACUCGUGGUUACUAUAAUAUCUACAAUUGGUGAAGACAGCGAGGAAGCUGAGUCAAAAGUUGCAGUUGCGGUGGGAAUGUACACUGGAUCCACGGUGUUUUUUCUCACAUUGCAGUGGGGAAUUUGCAUAAUCUUUGGCACGAAAGGCUUCAUUGCGGAUAAUUCAACAACUCCCCGAGAUUCAGGAUCCUCAGCUUCAAAGCCUACGCCAGUGAAAGACAGACUCUCAUUCUUAACUGAUACUGGUAUUACAACUGACAAGAAGACUAGUUAUACAGCAGGGAUCAUGCUUCUUUCCUUGAUUCCUUUUAUCAUAGUGCAACUAUCCGGGAUCUUCAGCACUUCCUCUGGAAAACGAGUGAUUAUUUUGGUAGCAUUGAUAGUAUCAGUAUCAGCACUAGUGGCAUACUUGAUCUAUCAGAUUUUUGAUCCAUGGAUUCAGGAAAGGAGUCUAGAGUAUGCCAAAUAUGAGAAUUUGCUGGCAGGGUUUCUGCAGCAUGUGCAAAGGCAAGCGCAUGGAAAGCUAGUCACACGUGAAGGGACGCCUAAUAUUCCUGUCAUCAAAAGCCUUUUCUCUAAAAUCGACACAGAUGGAGACCACUUUGUAUCAAUUUCUGAACUGGAGGCUCUAGUAGGGGAUAUUAAGUCGGGGAAAAUGGAAGUCGAGAAGGAGUAUGCAGUAACAGAAGUAAUGAAGGCAUUCGAUGUGAACAAAGAUGGAAGCAUAACCGAGGAUGAGUUCAUUGAAGGAGUCAAAAGAUGGAUCGAUGAAGCCAAACACUUGGCUGGAGAUGGAAGCUCUAAAUCGAGGAAAUCCUUGCAGCAGGUUGUGCAGCCAUGGAUUGAGAAGAGAAGGAAUGAACUUGCAAAGAUUGAGUGUCUUAUGUCGAGAAUUCUGAAGCACAUCCAAAACCAAGCUUUUGAAGCUGAAGGCCUUCUUUCCAGUGAUGGAAGGCCUAAUGAAGAUCGCAUAAAAAGCCUUUUUCAGCAGUUUGACUCCAACAACAACAAACUGAUAUCAGGAUCAGAGUUGAAAGCAGUGAUCCAACAUAUUAAAUUUGGGAAUCUACAACUGGAUCAUGACCUGGUGGUGGAGGAAGUGAUGAGGAAUUUUGACAAAGAUGGCGACAACAUGAUCAGCGAGCAAGAAUUUGUUGAUGGGGUCUCGGGAAUGAUUACCCAUGCCACCCGUGUAGUUGACUGCAGAGACACCAAGAGGUUUAUCGAUGAAUUUGACAAGGUUGCCUGGAAAGAAAUCGAAUCAGUCAUGUACAAGUUGGAAUCGAAAGAAAGCAUGAUCCAUAAACUGCUCUCAUGGGAUUGCAUCAAAUCUGUACUGCAAGUGAUCUUGAGCGUAGCAAUAGUGAGCUUUCUUGCAGAGCCACUGAUAUACAGUAUCCUGAACUUGUCAAGUUCACUAGGCCUGCCUACUUUCUACAUCUCCUUCAUGAUAGUUCCAUUCGCCUUGAAAUACAAGUUGGCGAUAUCGUCCAUAUUUCCUGCAAGCCAAAAGAGCCUAAGAACAGCUUCUUUGACGUUCUCUGAGAUUUAUGGAGAAGUGGCCAUGAACAACAUCACAGGCUUAUCCACACUUCUGGCCAUUAUAUAUAUAAAGGGCUUGAGUUGGAAUUAUUCAGGUGAAGUGGUGGCUGUUCUGGUGGUUUGUGCAGUAAUUGGUCUCCUUGCAUUUUUCAGGUCCAGCUAUCCGCUCUGGACUUGUAUCUUGGCAUUUUUCUUGUACCCAUUUUCUCUGGUGAUGGUUUAUUUCCUCCACUCCAUUCUCGGAUGGGAUUAGUCUCGUUCUUUAAGGUUUAGAGUUUAAGGUUUGGAUUUAAUAUUUAAGAUUAGUUCCAAUUGCCAUGGAAUUUAGUUGUCAUUAAAAUUCAUGGUUUUUGCAGAGGAGAGCAAUGGGCAUAUAUGUGAUGGUUUAUAAUGCUUUUUGUUUAGGAAUAAAUCUAUGUAAGCUUUCCCCUGAGCUUUAUUUUUAUGUUUUUUUUUAUCACUUGAGCUUGACAAUAUGAAUUGUAACCUUUGUCAGUAUGCCACAAGAAAUGCAUAUUUUGGAACCCUCAA